GGAAGCUGAGUCAGAAUGCAGUGUCGCCGUUGGUCGCGUCAGUAUCCGUCCCUUACCCAGCUUAACGCCACACAGUAACAAGAUAUUGGAGAAAUAAACAAUGGCUACCUGGAGUGAUGGCGAUACCCUUAUCCAGUUGGAAGAAGAUGAGGAAUAUGACUUUGAGCUGGCACAACGCCGCAUGGAGGCUGAGAGAGCUGCUAGGGAGGAAGAAGCGUUCCAAAGGAACACCCUGAAUCUGGACAUUCCCCCACUUCCAAAUGGAAAAACACACCAUCUUUUCAUUUCCCAUAGUAAUGAUCCUCCGGAAGAAGCGGAGUGGGCAGAGCAACUGGUCAACACCAUGGAGCGAGACUUUGGCUUGAAAUGCCUUUGGCCAAAACGAGACUUUACCCCCGGCCACGAUGUUGGAGCCUUGAUACAGAGUGGAAUCGUGUCUUCUGUGAAGGUUGUCUUCAUUCUGUCUCCUGCUUCCAUGGAAAGCCGAUGGUGCGAAUAUGAACGGAAUUUUGCGUUUGGCAUGUCUGUUGAGAAUAAGGAAAAUCAGAUAAUCCCUGUAAUGUUAAGCCAGUGCGACUUUCCAGGCAUUCUGAAGACCUUGAAUUAUAUUGAUGUACCUGCCGGAGAGGACUAUGCAUUCAAAAUUCGGCGAUGCUUUGACGAAGACACACGCGAUUUUGAUCAUCUUGUUCCGGAAUUGAUGAAAUACUGUAAAAACGAAAAAGGACCAACUAAUGGAACUGUUGCUAGAAUACUUGGAGAGAAAAAUUUGAAAUACACUUGCAGAGGAUCUGCUUGGUCUUUUCGGGAUCUCGACCAACACCAACGGUACGAGCUUCGCCAACUUGGAAGCAAGUUCGUUGAGCGAGUAUAUUAUGAAGCAAAGGAUAUUGCCAACACCUCUGCCUACAUGAAGUACUAUUCCACCAUCCACUCCUUUCGUCAUUGUUGCGGCAUUUGCUGUUGCGGCACAACAUUCUGCAUUUUGCUGAUAAUGCUAAUUAUCUGCAUAAUGGAAGCAUCAGAUAGGAAAAUGGUGAAUGGAGACUUUCUUCUAGCCGUUGUUCUACUCAUACCUGUCCUCGGAGCAGGUUUGGUCUAUGUUGCACAUGUACAGAUGUUAAAAAGAUUGAAAGCUCGCCUGCAAGCAUAUACUCUAGGACAUGUUUUGAAAACAAAUAUCCUUGUCAACUAUGGAUUCUGUCGGCUAUGUGGACCACCAACUUUGAAGGUCAUGUAUUAUGACUUAAAACCAUGUAUGAAAUACAUAUGUGACAUCAUUUACUGGGCACGUGAGGCUGGUGAAACUUUCCCGGAGAGAGACAGAGACAGAGAGGAUAAAACAAGAAAAGCUGGAAAAAACGAAGAAAUUAUGACCUUCUGUUUGAUAAAGGAUUUGAAACGAGUGUUGUAAACAGGCAUCCCACAUUACACAAGAACAAGUGCAUCUGCGAAUUGCUAGAAAAACAGGUGCGGCAAAUGUAUUGUAAUCAAAUAUGAACCCAAUCCAUGUGCAUAUAUUCUCACCAUGACAAUUCCGUUGAGGACCACGCCCAAGCAUAACCUGCUUGCCAUGACAGCCUACUAAAGAGAACUUUGUGGUUAGCUUUCCUGAAUAUGUGUCACUGUGCCCUGAUGGCGAAGAUCGUUGCCAAUGUUUUAGUCACUGUAAUGACUGGCCCAGACUUUUCAUUUAUAGUUAGAUAAGUUUGAAUAUUGACGACACCUUUCAAAAUGCUCAGAUUCAGUGAUUUCUCAAUACCGUAUUCGACGUAAUAAGCGCCCACGGCGAUAUUUGCUAAUAUAUUGGCAAAUGAACAAUCCCAAUUGGCACCCCUUCCGAUUGAUCAAUGUACACAAGACUUAUGUUUUCGCGAAUAAUACGCAUUCGUGUGUUAUAUGCACCCUUAUUUAUGGGCAAUAGAAUUCUGGAAAAAAUAUAUCUGUCGUACAUAAACAUUUCAGGCUGUCAGCAUAAACCGCGAUAUUUAUCUUUCAACUUUUUUUUCACCAAAAUAAUUUUCUAAUAAGAACCCCCUAUUUCUAAUUUUGAGAGCGCCCUGGGCGCUUAUUACGUCGAAUACGGUAUGUUCUCUUUUUGCGGAUACCAGUGCGCCAUGGAAUCCGAAGAUGACUCUUGCCUAUUCUACUCCAUCUUCGCGAGCCAAGAGAGUUAACUGACUUUAAAAGUCCAGUUUCCACCCUUGUCGAACUAGGCUGGAAUUCCUGGGCUCGAUCGUAGCGCCACCAGUGGCUAUUACGAGUUAUGUCCUUUCUAUGCGUCUCCUAUUGACCAAUCAGAUUCAACCUCUCGUAUCACUUGCAUUUGUUUCAAACAAAACGGUGGCGUCCAAUCAAGACGAUCAAUAUCUUUUUUGUGAUAAAACGAGUCUUACAUCGCGAAGUGCAUCAAAUCACGUGAGCACCUUGAUUAAAAACAUGAAAAGAUUUAGAAAAUAUCUGUUGACAACGAGCUAGCGGUGCACAUGGUUUGCAAAUCCUGCAGUCGACCGAAAUCUGCAUGACACUCUACGAACCGGAUUUCGAUUUCGGUGCAACUGGACUUUUAUAGUCAGUUAACUCACUUGCCUUGGGAAGAUGAUACUACUCGAACUACAAGAUUAAUAUGUAUUAAGACGUUAAAUAUACCUUUCUUUGAAGAAUAUAAAUAUAUUUAAACAGAUCGGCGCACAGCAUUGAUAGGGAGCUUAAUAUUCAAUAUGAGCCUAGACGCUUUUGUAACACACCACACCAAGUACUUGCAGCUGGGACUUCAUGUUGCUGUUGCAUGAUGCAUAAUGGAAGUGUUCAAGUUUGUUGUACAGUGAGUGAGUGAGUUUGGUUUAACACCGCUUUUAUCAGUAUUCCAGUCAUAUCACAGCGUGUCGGCUUAAUGUGGGAGGAAAGCCUGAAGUGAUGCAGGUCUCACGAACGGAUCUGCACUUUGGGAUAAUAGACGUCACAGUGUACAUAUUCACUACCACGUUAGAUUAGUAAGCUUUUGGAUUAGGCAGUUGUUGGGAGACUGUAACCUUUAUCCACAUCAAUGACAUAUAAUGCUUGAAAGCUUAGAGGACACUGGCAAAAACAGUUGGGAAUCCGAGCUUCGACAUUUUUGAUUUUCUGCUGGUUUUGCUUAUGUUUGGAUCUCCCAAAAUGUUGGAGAUAAAAAAUAACUUUGUACCAUUUAAAGCAAACUAAUUGCCCUGGCAUGAUUCAAUAACACCAUCAAUAUUCCUAUGUCGUUAUGAUGAUGUAAAUUCCAAUUUACAACCCAAACCCAUUUUUAAUAAUUCUGUAUGUUUAGAAGAUCUUUGAACAAUUUACAAAUAAAGCUACCACAAAGGGGAUCUGCAGUUCAGGAUGUAAUGUAAAAAAUAUAUAAUUUUGCGAAAUAUGUAUUUUACCAAGAUUGUAAACAAGACCUUGUAAAUAUUUUAUAGUCUGAGCAGCAAAGUAAAAUCACGGCUGUUGCUAUUAACUUAAAGCAUGUUUUGACGUGUCAUUUUUGUAAUGUUGAGUUAUGUCCCUUGUAGGUAUUUUAUCUACGCUUCAUACAUUUACUUUUACUGUUCACGACUGGAAGCUGACGUAAAAGCAUUGUAUUUGUACCUCUUGGCCAUUUGGCCUUCAUAGAGAAUAAAUCUGUCUGUCUGUA